AAAAGAGGAAGAUUUGUUCAUCUUAUUACCAACAUUUGUUGCAUAUAUGCAGUAUAUAUUAGUGUCAUCUGUGAUGCAAUGGAAACUUGUCUUGUUAUUAUGACAUCAAAAUUGAAAUAAUAGAAUUUUGCAACUAAUUACAGCUCUGCAGUCAACAUUAUUAAGUGCAGUCAACAUUAUGAAGUGUAGUCAACAUUAUUAAGCGUGUGCCCUUAACACAAUUUGACGACUGCAUCAUUAACCGCGUUCUGCUGGGGCCGUUCUGCUGAGAUUGACGCGCACAUGUCCGGUCCAUCCAAACAAGCAAGAUGGCAGACGAAAAGGAAAACGAAGGCCUGGUGAACAAUGUGGAUGAUCUCAAAAUGUCUAGGGGAGAAAAGGCAGAAAUUGUUGUGGACUUGGAAAAACUUCAUAACUUGUAUGUUUAUGAUGAAAUGGAGAACAAAAUUCGCUUUUCGGACAUCUACAAACACCAGAAAACAAUUGUUGUUUUCACACGGCAUUUCCUUUGUUUUGUGUGCAAGGAUUAUAUGGAAGAUUUAGGAAUUAUCCCCCUUGAAUACCUUCAGGCUGCUGACACAAGACUUGUUGUCAUUGGACCAGCUCCCUGCAAAUUCAUAAAGCCAUUCAAAAAGGAAACGGGUUUCAAUUACACUCUGUAUACUGACCCAGAGAGGGAAGUUUACAAGGCCCUCAACCUCAAGGAAAAGAUGGAGCAUGGUGAUGAGAAAAAUAAUAAGCAUGUCAAGCAGAGUGCAUUGAUGGGGAUGUUGAGGAGUACAUGGAAGGCUAUGAAAGUCCAGGAAUACGAAGGGAACAUAAAACAGCAAGGAGGAGCUUUUAUAUUGGGACCAGGUGAUGUUGUACACUUUGCUCACAUCGACGGAAAUUCUCUUGAUCACACGCCGAUCAAUGAUCUUCUGGAGAAGGCAGGAGUGGCCCCAGUGAGUUUCCCAAAGGACAAACGAGUGCAGCAUGUAUGAUCUCCAGUUCUCAUCCAUCAAUACAGUGCUGUGAUGUAAUAUAAGAUCUUUGAUAAAAUGAUGUUCAAUGGAAUGGCUGAAUUUUCUACAGUGUACAAACAGUAUGGCACUUUUGUGUUGUCAGACAAUUAUUUAAGAUAGAUUUGGGAUAAUUUCCCCAUCUACCCAAGCACAUCUACCAUUGGAUAUAUAAAAUUUUACAAUAUCAUCUUAAGAUCUUAAGAUAUGUGAAUAUUUUCAUUAACCUUUUCAUCUUUAUAUUGACUUCUGCUUCAGGUCGGUUAAUAUCAGAAUCCUUGGGUUAGUGAUUUUUUAUAUUCACCUCAUCCAUAGAUAAUAGUUGUAAAUAUUAAUUUUCAUCAUACGUGUGAUUUCAUACAGUAUUCUUUCACACUCUAUCUCCUUACACGAUACAGUAACUGUACUCCGACUCCAGGAUCAUGAAACAGUUUAAAACUUCAUUAUUUGCAUAGCAAAUCACAUAUCCUCUCGUGUUCUUACCAGUGAUUGAAUAAAUCAAUUUUUAAAUAUUUAAAUGAUUAUUUCGUCAUCCUGGAACCAAAUCACAGUUUUAGAAGUCCAUACUGUACAUUGACUACAUGUAGCUCAUAUCACAACAUUGUUUCAUGCAUGACAGAGAAAAAAAA